CUCAGCGAUACCUAUCCUCUGCAUCUUCUCCCAUUUACACUCUUUCUGUGACGAUUUAUCUAAAAUCACAUUUGAAUUUCAUCCGAGCAACCAUUACACUCAUUGCGUCCGACAUGGACGACUUCCAAACCCUGGAGGAGCUUGCUCCUCCGCUGUCAUCGGUGUUGACCAUCGACACCACCAACGUCCCACCCGUUCAGUCGCCAUCAUAUCCCUGCGACUUUGAACACGAAACUAUCGGCGGUUCUAUACAGUGGCUGUGUAUCGUAAUGUAAUGCAGCAUGCUAUAUUACUCCUGGCAUACGUGCCUCUCCUUUGAGAAACAUACCUCCUUCCGCAUAUCAUACAUACCUUUUGGACAUUACGGCAUGUCCGUAUCCCCUGGACUUGCUUCAUUUUCAUCCAUUCUACAGAUGUAAAGUCUGUGAGCUGGUCUCAUAGACAUUUCAUCUAGUCAGCCGUUUGAUGUCUGUAUUUGUGAACUGUAUCGUUAUUCCUACUCCAUC